AUGGCGAUGACAGGGCCAGAGGCAGAUGGCCAGAGACAGAGGGCCAAAGACAGAGGGCCAGAUUCAGAGCGCCAGAAACAGAGGGCCAGAGACAGAGGGCCAGGGGCAGAGGGCUACCAGAGACAGAGGGCCAUAGACAGAGAGCCAGAGGUAGAGGGCCAGAAGCAGAUGGCCAGAGACAGAGAGCCAGAGGCAGAGGGCCCAAAAAAAGAGAGUCAGAGAAAGAGGGCCAGAGGGAGAGGGCCAGAGGCCGAGGGCCAGAAAAAGAGGGCCAAAGGCAGAGGGCCAGAGGCAGAGGGCCAGAGACAGAGGGCCCAAAUAAAGAGGGUCAGAGAAAGAUGGCCAGAGACAGAGGGCCAGAGGGAGAGGGGCAGAGGUCCAGAAACAGAGGGCCAGAGGCAGAGGGCCAGAGACUGA